AGAACGUCUUUAUUUAUUUGAAAAAUGUCUUGGAAAAAAUCAAGUUGAUUCUGAACAUGAUUUAGAUCGUGUAUUACGUAAAUUAAUUGGUGAUUAUAUGAAACCAAUUUACACACGUUCAACUAUUAGUUCUUUUGAAAAAUUAAAAACUUGUUGUCGAAAUUCACAUAUGGCACGUGUGUCAGAUAGUCGAACUUGUUUAUAUAAAGAUAAUGAUGAAAAUGAAUCCGAAAUACCAGAUCCUGAAGAAGCUGAAAAAGAAGUUCGAGAACUUGUUUAUCGUGAUUUAUAUCUUUGGUCAAUUUUAACAAAUCGUAUUGAAUUAUCAAAAAUUCUUUUAAAUCAUAUGGAAACACGUAUAUGUGCAUUAUUAAUAGCAUCAAAAAUUUUUCGUUCAUAUUUUUAUUAUGCUUCUGAUAAUGAAUCAAAAGAUGUUAUAUGUUGUCAAAUUACACAAUUUGAAGAAUAUGCAAAUGAAUGUUUGAAAUGUUGUUAUAAUUUUGAUGAAGAAAAAGCAUGUGAAAUAGCUAUUCGACGUAUUAAUAUAUACGGUGGAGUUACUUGUCUUCAAGUUGCGGUUGAUGCUGAUGAUAAAAAUUUUAUUGGACAACCAUGUUGUGAUCAAGUUUUAAAUAAUAUCUGGUAUGAUAAAAUGGAACCAUUUCAAUCAACACUAUCAGAUAAAAUUAAAUUAAUAUUAGGAAUUUCUACAUUUGGUAUACUAGCACCAUUUUUAGUCACAUUUCGAACAGAACAAUCAUUAUUAAAUUAUACUUUUGAAGAAGAUAGACAGAUAAAUGGAAUUAAAAUAAAUGAAAUAGAAGAAGAAAAAAAACAACUAAAACCAACAACAAAUAAACGAUUAAAUGAUCAUGGUAUAAAUUAUUCUGAUAAUUAUAUGUGGCGAUCAACAAAAUAUUCCAAAUCAUAUUUAACAUAUCUUCGUCACUUGAAACAUUUUCAUGAAUCACCUAUUGUUAAAUAUUCAUAUAAUUCUGCUAGUUAUAUUAUUUUUCUUUUAUUAUUUUCUUAUUAUCUUUUAUUUAAUUUUGAAAUACCAACGGAUGAAAUACCGAGUAUACAUUGGACAGAAAUAUUUGUUAUUCUUAUGGUUACAACAAUGCUCUUUGAAGAAAUUCGACAAUUUCUUUGUCAAGAAAAUCGAACAAUGAUUGGAAAAUUAUCCAAUUAUUUUAUAACAAAUCAAUUUCAUACUGUUAUUCUUGUUCUAUCUUAUCUUCUUUUCUAUAUUGGUCUUAUUCUUCGUUUUACAAAUACAUACAGUGAACAAGCUUUUUCUGCAGCAAAAAUUGUCCUAGCAUAUGAUCUUGAAAUUUGGUUUAUACGUUCAUUCGUUUUUCUAGGUAUUGCACAAAAUCUGGGACCGAAACUUGUUAUGAUUCGUAGAAUGGUAACCGAUUUAUUUUUCUUUACAUAUAUUAUUUUAAUUGCUAUGAUUGCUUAUGGAGUUGUUUCACGAUCAAUGUAUAAUUUCAAUAAUGAAACAUUUCCUUUUGAUGGUCAAUCAAUUUUUCAAAAUAUUGCUUAUCCAACAUAUUAUCUUAUGUAUGGAAAUAUCGAUGGUGAACUCGCUAAUCUUGAUAGAGAACAAGGUAGUAGUGCGUCUAUUGCAACUCAUAUUCUCUUAGCUUUUCAUAUGUUAUUCGUGAAUAUUCUACUCAUUAAUCUUCUUAUUGCAAUGUUUAGUUUUACAUUUCAAUCCGUUCAAAAUCAAACUGAUCUUGUUUGGCGUUAUGAACGAUAUUCAUUAAUUCGUGAAUAUUAUGAUCGACCACCACUUUUUCCUCCAUUAAUAAUUAUAACACACGGAAUUGAACUUAUUAAAUACAUUGCUAGACGACAUUCAAAAACAGCACAAACAAAAACAUUUAAAAUGAUUGGAGCUAAUCGAAAUGUUGAUAGAGAAUGGUCAGAAUUUGAAAGUUAUGCUACUAAUCAAUAUGUACGAUCAUUACUUACUAAUCAACCAUUAUCAAUAGCAGCUCUUGUACCAUCAAAAGAACAACAAUUAUCUUCGGAUAUGACAAAUAAUAAUCAACAAUUUCAAUCAAAUAACAGUCAGUCGGAUACGAAACUACUUGCAGAUGAAGUGACAUCUGUAAAAAAAGUUGUAGCAGAUCUUCGUACUCAUGCAGAAGAAAUGAAUAGAUGUAUGCAUUGGAUGAUGGAGGCAAUGGAACGUGUUAAAAUGUCAAAAGAACCAAGACCAAACUUAACAUCAACAAUAUCCACAAAUAGUUAG